AUGAGCUGUCCAAUGCGAAGUGGUUUUGUCGACUCGGUGCAGGGCGGACAUCAUCUAGGGUCUGAGGCAGGCAUGCUCUACGGGGAGUACCUGAUGCUGGACAAGGUACUAAGCGCCCAGCGAAUGUUGUCCGUCGAGGGCAAAAAACCGGUGCACGACGAGCAUCUGUUUAUAGUGACGCAUCAAGCGUACGAGCUGUGGUUCAAGCAAAUCAUCUUCGAGCUCGAUUCGAUACGGGAUCUCUUCAGUACGGAGCUCAUCGAGGAGUCGCGCACGUUGGAGAUCUUGAAGCGCCUGAAUCGGAUUGUAAUGAUCCUGAAGCUGCUCGUCGACCAAGUCCCGAUUCUGGAAACGAUGACACCGCUAGACUUCAUGGACUUUCGUGACUACCUGUCGCCGGCUUCCGGUUUCCAGAGUCUACAGUUCCGACUGCUGGAGAACAAACUCGGCGUAAAGUCAGAGCAUCGGGUGAAGUACAACCAGAAGUACACGGAGGUGUUUGCCAGCGAUCCGGGUGCGAUUGUGCGCAUUGUCACGACGGAGGAGGAACCGUCGUUGGCCGAUUUGGUGCAGAAGUGGCUCGAACGGACGCCGGGACUCGAGCAGGAUGGGUUCAAUUUUUGGGGCAAAUUUCAGGAGAGCGUCGAACAGUUACUUGCCGAGCAGGAAGCAAGCGCUAUGUCGGAAGAACACGAUCAUGUGCGCGAGUACCGGUUGAUGGACAUUGGAAAGAGGCGGGAGGUGUACAAGUCGAUCUUUGACGCACAGGUGCACGACGCGCUGGUGACGCGGGGUGAGCGUCGAUUUACCCACAAAGCACUGCAGGGCGCCAUUAUGAUUACGUUCUAUCGCGAUGAGCCACGCUUCAGUCAGCCCCAUCAGCUGCUAAUGCUGCUGAUGGACAUCGAUUCACUGAUCACCAAGUGGCGAUACAAUCAUGUUAUUAUGGUGCAACGUAUGAUUGGCUCGCAGCAACUCGGAACCGGUGGGUCUUCUGGUUAUCAGUACCUACGUUCGACGUUGAGUGAUCGUUACAAGGUGUUUAUCGAUCUGUUUAAUCUAUCCACGUUCCUGAUACCACGCCAAUCAAUACCACCGUUGACAGGUGAAAUGCAAAAGGCACUCAACCAGGGUUGGGGAUCACCGGCACACGUGUUAGCCCGCAACGGUUCCAUGCCCUAAUUUCGCACUGUUGGUAGAUCGCUCAAGAGUUUUGUGUACGAAACAAUCUCCUCAACAAUCACUCCCAAACAAGCUAAGAUCAUUCUCGACGGCGUAUGUAAACGAGCGCAUUCAAAAUAAAACGUUUCUUCUGUCGUAUCUGCUCGCUGUGUGGUAAUCUCAUUGCGGAGGGUUAAUUUGCAAAAGCGCAAGGAAUGAAUUAUUCGGUAGCUGGAUAAGAGUUCUCUUUCCUAUUUUUGCACAGAUAAGAUAAGAUCAAGGGUAAAGAGAUGUCAGGCCCGACGAUAUGUCCGGGUAAAUACUCAAAUUCGCAAUCCCUUAUUAUACUCCUGC